CGAACGAAUUUAUAUCUGUCACAGUUGAUGAAAAUGUUCUCAAUGUUAUUUUAAAAUAUUUCAAUUUGUCAAUAAUAAUUUAUUUCAAAUAGCAACUUUUUCGUAAUAAAUUAGAAUAUGGCAUCUCUUUUAAGACAAGUUGUGAAAUCUGCAUUGUUAAAUAGAGGAACAAAUAUAGUCGUACAAUCUAAGCAACUUAUCCGUUUGUCAAGUACUCAAGCAGCUCAAGAACUUAGACCUACUGUCAGGAAACCAGAUCCUGUUCAAAAGGCAAAUCUAACUGAUUUCGGGCAAUAUGUUGCUGAAUGCCUUCCAAAAUAUGUUCAGAAAGUACAGCUAACGGCAGGAGAUGAACUUGAAAUUCUAAUUGUACCAGAAGGCAUAGUGCCAGUAUUGCAAUUUUUAAAAGAUCACCACAAUGCCCAGUUUGCUAAUCUUGUUGAUAUCGCUGGUAUGGAUGUACCUACAAGAGAAUACAGAUUUGAGAUAAUAUACAAUUUAUUAUCUCUGAGAUUUAACUCACGUAUAAGAGUCAAAACGUACACUGAUGAACUGACACCAGUUGAUUCUUGUAAUGAUGUCUUCAAAGCAGCUAAUUGGUAUGAACGUGAAAUUUGGGACAUGUAUGGAGUCUUUUUUGCUAAUCAUCCUGAUUUGCGUCGCAUUUUAACUGAUUAUGGUUUUGAAGGACAUCCGUUCCGUAGAGAUUUUCCAUUAUCAGGAUAUGUAGAGCUGAGAUAUGAUGAUGAGAAAAAGAGAGUUGUUUGCGAACCAUUGGAGUUGGCCCAAGAAUUUCGCCGUUUUGAAUUAUCUGCUCCUUGGGAACAGUUUCCAAAUUUCCGUGAUGCACCUGGAACUGAAGAAAUUCCAACAAAAACAGAAAAAAAGUAACAUAAGUUUGAAUGAUUGUAGAAAAUGAAAAUAAAAAUGUUAAGGCUA